CUCGAGUUAAGCCACUAGCAUGACAGUAGAGAGUCUGCAGCCUUCAAUCCGCUGCAUUUCAUACGCGUCCUUGACGGUCUACAACGAAAGCGGACAUCGAAAAUGUCGAAACGAUCGCCGACCCUUCUGCUGUUCUUAACUCCGAUCCGCUCAGUUCGCGCUGGAUAGUGUGCUUCGGACGUACGUGCGUUCGAAUAUGUAAGUAUCGCAGUAGCGCUUCUUUUGUUUUGGUUUGUUUCCGCGAAGUGGUCGAGGGGAUAUUUUGAGGAUUCUUGCCGUUCGUUUUGAGGUUAUGCUUGCCGGUGUUGCUUAAAGACUUGCCCGCACUCGAUGCGACCAUGAAUCAAGAGAUCUCAGAAUUGGAGUGAGGAAUCGAAUUGUUCAUCAAAAACUGUGAUAAAAUAAACAGACAUAAUGGAAAGUGUAGUGACGAACUCGACGAUCCAGGCGCCCUCAACCAACGACUUGCUAGUGGCCAAAGUCGUCGCCAUGACAGUUCUGGGAGCAACCUCGUUCCUCCUGGGUAUGCUGCCCAUUAAGCUUACGAAGAUGAUAUCCAUAAAAUCGGUAGACGGCGAUAAGAACCUGCUGAUAUCUCUUCUUCUUUGCUUCGGAGGAGGAGUGUUGCUGUUCACCACGUUCAUCCACCUCCAGCCCGAAGUCAGGGAAGGUUUCGAAGCUCUCAAGCGUCAACACUUAGUGGCCGACAUGCCAGGCGGGAUCCCCCUCUCGGAGAUCGUCUUCUGCCUGGGGUUCUUCUUCGUCUACCUGGUGGAGGAGCUAGCGCACAUCUUCCUAGACAGAAAGCUGCACAGCGCUGGCCUCCACCGUUCGCUGUCCACCAGAAGAUGCUCCUCCAAGAAGGAGCUGACCAUCCCGAGGGUGACACUGGCGAAGUUCGACGACGGCAACAUCAGCUACAUCAGCACGUCCAACAAAGACUUACUCAACUCGCAGACGACGGUGAAUUUCGAGAAGCACUCCCAUGACCACCACCAUGUGGAUGCCGCGAUAAAGAACUCCUUUGGUGGGUUUCUGGUGGUGCUGGCUUUGAGUUUCCACGCCGUGUUCGAAGGGUUAGCCGUGGGGUUGGAAGCUAGCGUGGAGAAGGUGUGGUACUUGUUCGCAGCUAUAGCUACUCAUAAACUGGUGAUCGCGUUUUGUGUUGGGGUGGAGUUGGUGACUUCCAAGACGAAGACGAUGUUGGUAGUUUUGUAUAUUGGGACGUUUGCGCUCGUUACUCCUUUGGGUAUCGGCGCCGGUCUGAUCCUGAGCGAAAAAAGUACCUCUGAAGACGUCACUUCCAUCGUCCUUCAAGGAAUGGCAGCUGGUACUCUCCUGUACGUUGUAUUCUUCGAAGUCCUAGCCCGUGAAAGGAGUAAUCGUCACAACGGAUUCUGGCAACUUGUUGCAGUUACCGCAGGAUUUAUGUGCAUGUUCCUGCUGCAAGUUAUAA